GGGAGUGCUCUGCAGGGUUGACGCCGGUGGCCCGCUGGGCCGCGGAGCACGAUGCUGUAUGCCAACCAGCCCACCCUGCGGAUCACAGAGCUCACCGACGAGAAUGUCAAGUUCAUCAUUGAGAACACGGACCUAGCGGUGGCUAAUUCUAUUCGGAGGGUUAUCGCCGAGGUGCCCAUAAUAGCCAUUGACUCGGUUCAGAUCGACGCCAGUUCCUCGGUCCUUCACAACGAAUUCAUCGCUCACAGGCUUGGGCUAAUCCCCCUCACCAGUGAUGACAUUGUGGACAAGCUGCAGUACUCGCGGGACUGCACCUGUGAGGAGUUCUGCCCGGAGUGCUCGGUGGAGUUCACUCUGGAUGUGCGGUGCAACGAAGACCAGACUCGUCACGUCACGUCUCGAGACCUCAUCUCCAGCAGCCCCCGGGUCAUUCCAGUGACAUCCCAGAACCGAGAUAACGACCCUAAUGACUACGUGGACCAGGACGACAUCCUCAUCGUCAAGCUGCGCAAGGGCCAGGAGCUGCGCCUCCGCGCCUAUGCCAAGAAGGGCUUUGGCAAGGAGCAUGCUAAGUGGAACCCGACCGCAGGCAUGGCUUUUGAAUAUGAUCCCGACAAUGCCCUGAGGCACACGUACCCCAAGCCGGAGGAGUGGCCAAAGAGCGAGUACUCAGAGCUGGAUGAAGACAAGUCCCAGGCUCCGUACGACCCCAGUGGCAAGCCGGAGAGGUUUUACUACAACGUGGAGUCCUGUGGCUCUCUGUGCCCUGAAACCAUCGUCCUCUCGGCCCUUUCUGGGCUGAAGAAGAAGCUGAGUGAUUUACAGACCCAGCUGAGCCACGAGAUCCAGAGUGACGUCCUCACCAUAAACUAAUAGCCGCAGCUCAUCCGCCUAGCGGAAAAGGAUCCGAGCAGCAGCUCUGUGCAGGUCUCCCGAGACCCUCCCAGCCCCAGAAGUCCCGACAGCUGUACCUCACUUCCACGCAAGCCAUCAGCACCAACCAGAGAGGUAGCAGAGCGGAAGGGUCCCCCCAUCCUUGCUUGGUCCCAGGUAGAUUACGGGGGUGCCCCUGGUGUUUGAGGCAGGACAGUCCUUCCCUGAGCAUGCAGCAUCCCUGGCCCUGCCUGCUAAUGGCUGGUCUCCCCAGAACCCAGCCCUCUACCCCCCUGGUCCGCUUGUAGAGGUCGCACUGCUUCCCUGUUGAAAACCACUGGGCUAGACCCUCCUCUGUUGGUCAUUUGAGCUCCUGACUUAGUGUCUGUGUGGAAUUAGCAUUUCACAGUUGUACCUUAGGUUUCCGGGUUAGGAUUGAGUGUUAGAAGUCUCAUUCAGGCCCCCUGCAAACCCAGCCCCUGCCCAUGGUCAGCCUACACUUUGCUCAAAAUCCCCAAUGUCUUCGGAUAUGGCUGCUCU